CUUGUGAUUUUUUUACCAACAGAAACUCAUAUUUGAGAGGCCACCUCAAAAUGUUCGGAAAAUUGUACUUGCUACAAAUAUGGCUGAGGCGAGUAUUACUAUUAAUGAUGUAGUGUUCGUAGUCGAUUGUGGAAAAGCAAAGGAGACAACUUAUGAUGCACUCAAUAAUACACCUUGUUUGCUACCUUCGUGGAUAUCACAAGCCUCUGCUAGACAGAGAAGGGGUAGGGCUGGUCGUGUGCAGUCAGGCGAGUGCUACCACUUGUACCCACAAUGUGUUUAUGAAGCUUUUGCAGAGUAUCAAUUACCUGAACUUCUAAGAACUCCUCUCAAUUCUCUUUGCCUGCAAAUAAAGAGUUUGCAAGUUGGAAGUAUUGCAGAAUUUCUAUCUGCAGCUCUUCAACCACCAGAACCAUUGGCUGUACAAAAUGCUAUUGGAUUUUUGAAGAUGAUUGGUGCAUUAGAUGAACAUGAGAAUCUUACGUAUCUGGGUAAAUAUCUAUCGGUUCUUCCUGUGGAUCCUAAGCUUGGGAAAAUGCUAGUUAUGGGUGCUAUUUUCCGUUGCUUUGAUCCCAUUUUGACCAUUGUUGCUGGUCUUAGUGUCAGGGAUCCUUUUCUUUUGCCUCAGGAUAAGAAGGAUUUAGCAGGGACAGCAAAGUCCAGAUUCUCAGCAAAGGACUAUAGUGACCACAUGGCUCUUGUCCGUGCCUAUGAAGGAUGGAAGGAUGCUGAAAGAGAAGGAUCUGCGUAUGAGUAUUGUUGGAGAAACUUCCUUUCCGCUCAAACUCUUCAAGCUAUUCAUUCCCUUCGCAAGCAGUUCUCCUUCAUCUUAAAAGAUGCUGGAUUGCUUGAAGCAGACAAUGCAACUAAUAACAAGCUAAGUCACAAUCAAUCAUUUGUCCGUGCUGUCAUAUGCUCUGGUUUAUAUCCUGGAAUUACUUCUGUAGUGCACAGAGAGACCUCAAUGUCUUUCAAGACAAUGGGUGAUGGUCAAGUUUUGCUAUAUGCAAAUUCUGUGAAUGCACGCUAUCAAACAAUUCCAUACCCUUGGUUGGUGUUCGGUGAAAAGGUGAAGGUCAAUACUGUCUUCAUACGCGAUUCUACUGGAGUAUCUGAUUCAAUUUUAAUCCUUUUUGGGGGUAAUCUUGGCAAUGGUGCUACGGCUGGGCAUUUGAAAAUGUUGGAUGGUUAUCUAGAAUUCUUCAUGGAUCCCAGUUUGGCCGAGUGUUACAUGAACCUCAAAGAGCAGCUUGAUGAGCUUGUGCAAAAGAAGCUCGAGGAUCCUGGCAAGGACAUGCACAAGGAAGGUAAAUACCUCAUGCUUGCAGUUCAGGAACUGGUGGCGGGGGAUCAAUGUGAAGGACGAUUUGUGUUUGGGCGAGAGAGCAAGAAGCCUAAAGAGUCUAGUAACAAUGACCGGUUUACAAAGGAUGGGACAAACCCCAAAAGCUUAUUGCAAACGCUUUUGAUGAGAGCUGGGCACCACCCUCCAAAAUAUAAAACAAAGCAUCUGAAGACAAAUGAGUUCAGGGCACUGGUGGAGUUCAAGGGAAUGCAGUUCGUGGGUAAACCAAAGAGAAACAAAGCUCUGGCCGAGAAGGAUGCUGCAAUCGAGGCAUUGGCAUGGUUAACUCACACUAGUGACAAGAAAGGUGAAGAAGACGACAAUUCCCCACCCGACGUGACCGACAACAUGCUGAAACUCCUCGGUAAGCGUCGGAGGUCAAAACGACGCUCAAGUUGACAUGGUGGCUGUAGCUGAAUGACUAAUAAACCCGAACCCAAGUUGCAAUCUGCCCAAAUGUCUGAAUCUUGAUAGUCAUAUUUGGGCUCGUCAAUAGAACAAGGCCACUUAUUAAUUUACACAGAAAUAUUUAUAGGGUUAUACCAUUGUACAGGAAUUCAGGAAUGUAGAGGCAUGUACCAACUUUUUUUAUUGUUUCACAUUAUUUAGAGAGUAGGCGAAUAGUUGGAUCGAUUGUUUCACAUUACUUAGAGCCUAGGCGAAUAGUUGGAUCAAUUCAAUUGAGAUUGCUAUUUUGUGUCAGAAUGGCACUAAUUGGUAUACUGUGAAUUAGUGAAUACCAAGAUUGUAGUGUAUGUGGUCUAAUUUUAUUGAUUAGAGCAGAAUAGCACUAAUUGGUAUACUGUGAACUAGUAAAUACCAAGAUUGUAGUGUAUGUGGUCUAAUUUUGUCGAUUAGAGCAGCAAAAGUGAUGAAUAUUUAUUUCAAAUAAAAACUUGUUCUGUUCGAAA